AGUAAUCCGAAAAAAUGAAAAUAUCCAAUGAAGUGAGUUUUGCAAGUAACCAUAACAGGACACACAUGGUGGUGAUGGUGGUUUUCACUUUCCACCUCAUCCUUCUUCAUUCUCCCACUUCCCACUUCCCAUUUCCAAAAUCAAUAAAUCAAUAAACAAAGCAACAGUGAGUGUCAACUGUCAACUGGCAACUUCACCGUGCAGUGUGCACCCAACCACCAUGGCUAUGGUACUCUCACACACCUCAACCUUCACUACUUUCAAUUUACACACACAGAAACCGCUUCUUCGCUCAACCGCCUUCCAUUUCCCGCUCACUAUCAGAUGCCAAUCUUUUAACACCGAUAAGCAGCGCAAAUCAAACAGAAACCUGCUUGAUAAUGCUAGCAACCUGCUUACAAGCUUCCUCAGCGGUGGAAGCAUAGGGUCCAUGCCAAUUGCUGAAGGUGCUGUCACCGAUCUCUUUGGUCGACCUCUCUUUUUUUCGCUAUACGAUUGGUUCUUGGAGCACGGUUCUGUUUACAAACUUGCGUUUGGGCCCAAAGCAUUUGUUGUUGUAUCGGAUCCCAUAGUUGCAAGACAUAUUCUGCGAGAAAAUGCAUUCUCUUAUGACAAGGGAGUACUUGCUGAUAUCCUAGAGCCAAUAAUGGGAAAAGGACUCAUACCUGCGGACCUUGAUACUUGGAAGCAAAGAAGAAGAGUUAUUGCUCCGGGUUUCCAUGCCUCGUACUUGGAAGCCAUGGUCAAAAUAUUCAGAACUUGCUCAGAAAGAACAAUAUCAAAGAUCAAUCAGCUUCUUGAACAAGAGGGCAAUGAUGGACAGAAGUUGAUUGAAUUAGAUCUUGAGGCGGAGUUUUCUAAUUUGGCUCUUGAUAUUAUUGGGCUUGGUGUGUUCAACUAUGAUUUUGGUUCUGUCACCAAAGAAUCUCCUGUUAUUAAGGCAGUAUAUGGCACUCUUUUUGAAGCCGAGCAUAGGUCCACUUUCUACAUUCCAUAUUGGAAAGUUCCAUUGGCAUCAUAUAUAGUCCCGAGGCAGAGGAAGUUUCAAAGUGACCUCAAGGUCAUCAAUGCUUGUCUUGAUGAACUUAUCAGAAACGCAAAAGAGAGCAGACAGGAAACUGAUGUUGAGAAACUGCAGCAAAGGGACUACUUAAAUUUGAAGGAUGCAAGUCUUCUGCGUUUCCUGGUUGAUAUGCGAGGAGCUGAUGUUGAUGAUCGUCAGUUGAGGGAUGAUUUAAUGACAAUGCUUAUUGCUGGUCAUGAGACAACAGCUGCAGUUCUUACUUGGGCAACUUUCCUUCUAUCUCAAAACCCGGACAAAAUGAGGAAGGCUCAAGCAGAGGUAGAUUCAGUGCUGGGUACAGGAACACCAACUUACGAAUCACUUAAAAAACUGCAGUACAUUAGACUUAUUGUUGUGGAGUCUCUCCGUUUGUAUCCUCAACCACCUUUGCUGAUUAGGCGUUCACUCAAACCCGAUGUUUUACCAGGAGGGUACAAAGGUGAUAAAGAUGGUUAUGCGAUUCCUGCCGGGACUGAUGUCUUCCUUUCUGUAUAUAAUCUGCAUAGAUCUCCAUAUUUUUGGGAGCGUCCUGAUGAAUUUGAACCAGAGAGGUUUUUGGUGCAAAGAACCAACGAACAAAUUGAAGGAUGGGCUGGUUUUGACCCAUCUCGAAGUCUUGGAGCCUUAUAUCCAAACGAGAUCAUAUCGGAUUUUGCAUUCUUGCCUUUUGGUGGUGGACCACGAAAAUGCGUUGGGGACCAAUUUGCUCUGAUGGAGUCCACUGUAGCGUUGGCUAUGCUGCUACAGAACUUUGAUGUGCAAUUGAAGGGGACCCCCGAUUCGGUUGAGCUAGUUACCGGGGCAACUAUCCAUACCAAAAAUGGAUUGUGGUGCAAAUUGACAAAGAGAUCUAAUUUGCACUGAACUUAACCAUCAUCAACUGUAUCAUCAUUUAUCAAGUCAAAUAAAAUAGUAAUAAUUGCUUUUGGUCUGAAUUUGGCUCCCAACUGAAAACUGUUGCAUUCUCAGAUAAGUGUUUCAUAACGAAUAUAUGAUUGUUUGGAACACUAAGUAUUAAGAUUACUGAAUACAUAAUCAAAACUUCAUCAAAAUUAUAAUGGAUCCUAGACCAUGCUAGGUAGGUUAAUCAAGUAGUUUAACUAAAUGCCGUCAAAAACAACAAAGUAGACUUAAUUGAAGGGUGAUCUUUGUAGAUUCUUUGAUGAGAUGCAGCUCACUAGAACAGCUUCGGAUAAACUAU